AUGCUGGGCGUCCGGCCCCGCAGCCCCGGCGCCCGCCCCGCGCCCUGGUGGGCGCCGCAGCCCGACGGAGCCGGCCCCGCCAAGCGCCGCCGCCGCCGCCGCCUCCUCGACGAGCCCGCCGACCCCGAGCCCCCGGCGCCGCCCGGCCCGCCGGACCCCGCGGGCUCCCCCGCCGCCGCCGCCGCCGCUGCCGCCGCCACCGCGUCGGUGCUGGUCGUGGCCGCGGGCUGCGCCGUGCAGGUCAGCGUGGACGGCGUGGACGUGCUGCUCGAGCCCGAGCCCACCUCGGUGCUGCAAGUGUCGCUGCAGGGCCACACGCUCAUCCUCGUCCCCGAGGGCCUCCUGGGCUUGCCAGAAGCGCGCCCCGGAGAGCUGGGCGACGACGUCGUGGUCAUCGAGCAGGGCGGCUUCUGCGCGGCCACCCCGGAGGGCGCCGGCCAUCAGGAGGUCUGCCUCGUCGAGGACGCGGACCCCGAGUUCCUGGUGACCUGGGUGGACGCUGCCGCCGGCUGGGAGCCGGGCCGCGUCGCUGGACCGCGUCCUCUGUCGCCCUCGCCUAGUCCCGAGAGGCGCGCGGCGGGACCCGAGGGCGACCUGGUGCGCCUGCUGAGCCCCUUCCCCCGCUCCCCUGGGUCGGCGCUGAAGCCUCUCCCGCCGUCGCCGCCUCCGAGUCCCCAGGCGAGCGUGCAGCGCCCUCCGCGCCCUUGGUGCAAGGCCCGGAGACGUCUGUUCUGA